AAACCGCGCUCACUUGAUCGCCUAACGUCGAGGCGUACGUACCGAAGUGUUUGUGUGCUAGUGGUUGUUAGUCUUUCACGUACCUACCGGCUGACUAUAGCAGGUUAUUUCCAUUGUGCAUCAUUGCUAGUCUGGCCCCAGAGCCGAAAGGAACGCGAAUGCGAACGUAAACGGGCUCAGUCGUAGUAGAAGAAUGGAAGUUGGAGAGUCCUUCUCAAGCUGAACAAUCGGUGUUUUUCUCUGGCUCGUACGAGGAAGUGCUGCGAAUGUGUGUGAUUAUUCAAUCGAACAAACCGUUCGGAAGGAUUUCAUUAAUGAAGAUAAUCUAACGGUACUUUCAUCCAACCGAAGAUACGAGAAUCGUGUGUGGCUGUUUGGUUUUGCGCCAUUGCGGUUUAGGAUUAGUGUGUGACGAACGAACGAGUCGCAGUGAGUUCUGUCAGGAAGGAUUAAGGCGAUCAAACCGUCCAUCAUUGCGUAAAUCUAUAUGUGAGAAGGUGUGUGAAUGCCAUUACAAGUGCUGUAGCGGAUUAUUACGUGUCGCAGUGAACCAGGAAGCUUUGGAUGAUUGCAGUCCCAACAACAAAAUGACAAUGUCGCAGCUAUUGAAACAGACGAAGAAAUGUUGCGUAAAGAUGAUCAGAAAGUUUUCCUUCAGCCCGAGCGGUUCGUCAUCGUCACCGUCGGGACUCGGGUCCAGGGGACUGGGAGGAACCGGUAGCAUCACCAGUGGGGGACGCUCGAUUUCCCUAAACAACCGAGCCACCGCGAAGUACGUGCUGCACAAAAAUUGUACCCCAACGCGAUGCAAAGUGCAACCGACAACGCCGGAGCGGGUUCCCGCAUCAGGUGCCGCUGGCUGGACCGCCGGCACUGAAGAGGAUGAUUCUCCCAGUGGAGUGCGACGGAGGUUAGACCUGUCACCGAAACCGGAACUGCCCGAUAUUCCGCCGACGCAGAACAACUACAGUGCCAGCCGGGAUGGGAAGAACCUGCCGAAGAAGCGUACAAACAUCUGCAGCAACAAGAAUGUGAAUUUGAGGAAGUGCUUUCGAAUGAGGAAGGGUUUCAAGGAGGAGCUAAGCAGUGAGGAGAUGAAUAAUAGCAGCAGUGUGGUGUCAUCGAAGCUGGAUAAGAUCAGUAAAACCUUGUACAAUGUGGCCGGAGGUGGCAGUGGUGUGGAGAACGGUGAAAACAGGUUGUUUGGUGGUGUAAAUGCUAAUAAUGUUGCCUCACUGACGAGUGAGAAAAGCAAAAUAUCCAAACCCUUGUUCCUGAGUGGGAAACAUAAGAAGUACAAUCAGAUUGAAACCCAGUUCGGCGCCGACGAGGGGGCCGAUUUCGAAGACGACGACGACGAUGAGUUUGUGGCGUGUGAGUUGGAUGGGAUCCGCGAGGGAAGUACCGCAUACGAUGGUGGCCGGUUACAGUUUGAAAUAAGUGAACCCCUGCCUGAGCUGCCAGUCUCACCGCUGCCCGGUGGAAGUGGCACCGGCUAUGAUGAAAUCAUCUUCGAGAAAGUAAAGUACGACCACAACAAGCGAUACCUUCGCAAUGGCACCAGUUCUCCGUCCACGGCAAGCAACCGAUCUCAAAACGGUUCUUGCUUAGCCCAUUCCGUCGAUAGCACUCUGUCCGCCAGCUUCGAAUCAGGCAAGUUCGAUCAUCACCUGACCCAAUUUGGCGGUGAAGUGAUCAGCAAAAACGACGAUUUCAUGGAUCCCUGGCGAAACUACAACCUUAACAGCCGUUGGAAUAAAGUGUCUAAAAACCCGUGGGAAUAUGAGGCACAGAAGGUAGAUUCCCCCGUCCUAUCCCCUGUGGAGCACAGCUCGUGGAAUCCGUUCAGCGAAGAACCGACGCAACCAAGCAGUACUCCCCCGCAGCUGGUAACGGGCAAGACUUACCCUCCGCCCUAUCAGGUGCGCACCGACAUCUGGCAGAGUUUAAACAACAAGAACUACGAAAUCGAUUCGGACGUGAUCUGGCGAACGUCGAACUCGUCGCGACGUACCUCGGCCAGCACGGUGGAAACCUGGAUCGAGGACGAGGUGUUCGAUAACUCCUUCAACGAGGAACUGGAGCGCCGGUGCGCCACCCUCAAGAUCUAGAUUCGGUGCAAUAAUUCCUACCGACCAGCCGACAGUGAGAGCAAUACUUGUGUCUUUUCCGUUCCACGCGAAAAGAAGAACAAUGUAAGCUUAUCAAACAUCUAGUUCUAGUGUUUAUAGUUUGAAAUCGAGGCAUGUGAUAUUAACAAUUAUUUAUAACCGCAGAGAAGCAAGUGGACAGAACGAAUCUAAGUCCAGUUUAGUUUUUGACCUUUUUUGUUUGCUAUUUUUGUGAUUUUAUAUUCUGUUGAAAGAACAAAUGAUCUCAUUUAGAUUGUGAGUGUAUUGAUAGCAGCAAGCACGAUUUGAGCGCUCAUGAAUUAAGGUUUGCUUUAAUAAAUUAGUUUUAAUGAAUAAAUUAUAAGGUGAAAUCCGAUUAAAAAUUGAAA